AUGGAGGGAGAUCAGAGCAACGGCAGUAAUAGUGACAGUACCAACUUGGAUACGGCUAAGGCAGAGAGAUCGGUGUGGCUGAUGAAGUGCCCAGUGGUGGUGUCGAAGUCAUGGCAGUCCCAUGCUUCGUCCUCUGAUUCUCAGCCUGUCGCCAAGGUCGUCGUCUCUCUCGAUCCUCUCCGUUCCGAAGACCCCUCUUCCCUCCAGACCCUGCGAAUCAUUUGUUUGAGCUAUCUGACAUCUUUCCUGAAUGGCAAUCAGUUCACAAUGGAGACGGCUGGCAAUGGGGUUGGAAACAUGCCCAAGACUUAUUCUUUGAAUAUGUUCAAAGACUUUGUUCCAAUUGGUAUCAUGCGAUCGCUAUCAAUGUCCACAACCCCUGUUAUAUACCCAGGCCACAUAGCUAACGUAUGGUUUGUUCCCGAGUACUCCACACUUCUGAAAGCAAGUAUUAUACUUUGUAGGCAAGGUUUCCAUGGAAGGGAAAGUGGAACAUAA